AUGGUACAAUAUACCUCAAUUGGUCUUCGGUUGAGUGGUCUUAAGCUACGUGAAGAUUGUCAUGAACUCUCAAGAUCUACACGAGAAUCCAGUUCGGAUUCGACAUCAAACGAUAGCUCAGGGGAAAAGCCUCUUAUAAAAUCAGCCUUUUCCGAACUCUCUGAAGAGCUCAAUAAACAAUCUCAACAGCAAAUACAGCAACCACUAAUACCUCAAAUCAUGGGAGCGACUACUAAGGGACAGCCAAUAACUGAUGACCAAACGAUGCAGGAUCACCAAAUGAGGAAGAUGCAGAUGCUGGCCAACGCUAAGCAUUCCAACUACCAAAUACCUACACACAUGACAACCACCAUGAAAGACGAGCCUUUAGAAACCACCAACUCUUCUAGUGAUCUAGAUGAAGGUGGAGCUCCAAUAUUUAUCAAACCAACCCCGGAUUGCUUUGAGGUGGUCAAAGAAUGGCUAGAACAGGUUGAAACGGAACGACAAGAUACCAAGAAAAAGUUAUGGUCAAAUUAUUUGCAGAGUGACAACUCUGGUACAAUUCUUGAAUGGCCAUGGGUAGAAACUGAGCUACAUGGAGCUUUGCAACGGCUUGCCGUGGCAGAAAGCCCUACCCUAGUAGUGAAAUCUAGGUCGGACAGUGAAGAAGUGACUUCUUCAAUUUCAGAAAGCAUUUCAUCCAAGGCAAGCCCGGAGCAAUUAGCUUCAACUGGCCUUGGGAGCGUAACAAGUCUCGAGACGCCUUGCAAUGCUCCAUCCGUAGCAGAUGCCAAAGAAUCGACUUCAUCUAUUUCAGAAUGUCUUUCUCAUCUUCGUGGAGGAGAUGCUUCAAACAGAAACAGUUUCGGACAAUACUUCAGCAGGAUCACCGGGAGAGUUUUUCAUUACAACUUUCAGCAUCAUAUUGAUCUUGGUUAUGGUGGUUCCAACUUUGCUACGGAAUCGUUUCCUGAAUAUGAUCCAAGGGUGGACUUGAUGUACCUGAAUGACUUUAAUGGUAUCUAUCCGACUGAUAUAAGACGCGGCAUUCGGAGCACUGAUUCUCAUGAAAUUCUCAUCGUCAAGCUCAAUCCUGAAUUUUCAACUCGAGUCAAUCGGCUUGAAAGCUCGAGCGCCGAAUCUAAAUCAGAAAACCAUCACGACUUCAUGAAGAAUCUCGACAUCAGCACUAAUUCUACACAUUCGUACGCUGGACUUGAGAUUGAAAUGAAACUAAGGGGAGGGACCAGUAAGACGGCUGAAAGUCUCUCGAUUAAUCGCCCCUCAAAGUCAUCGCAGGUUAGCCACAAACGCGAUAAAUUGCGUGCGAUGGUUAAAAUUCCUUUGAAAUCUAUCAAAGAUAUGUUUUGUUAUAAAUUCAAGAAACAACCUCUGAACAAAGAUGCUGAAGAUAGUGAUGAGUACGAAGGCAGCGAAGGAAUUAGCGAUAAAUUUAAGAUGCCAUUGGAAACAAUGGAAGGGAAAAAGGGCGAGGAAAGAGGGGAAUCUUUGGCUGGCAAGUUUGAAGACAAGAUUCAAAAGAAAGAGAAAAGACUCGGUGUAAAAACUAGCUAUCGGCUGAUAAGUCAUUCCAUCCUCAGUGCAAAGCUUGCAAGGAAAAUAUCACAAAAAAGAAGGAAUUUGGCACGAAUUGCUCAACGCCAAUUAUUUCGUAGUUCAUCGCCUGAACCCAAGCCCUACGGACCGACGAAAAUUUACUUGAGAAAUCAAACACAGUUGCGGGGAGGAAUUGGGAAUGAACGUGAGGCUAGAUUUUUCAAGGAAACCAGGCUAAGAUUUGCGCGAUUAAUAAGACAUCGCUCAGAAAGUGAAGGAGCAAUAGCUGGACCUGCUCCAGCAACGACGGGAAAUGUCAUGCCCGGCACAGAAGAUGGAUUGCAAAGACAUCAUCGAGAUGAUAGCGGUGUCUCAGGGGUGGAGGAUGAGCAGAGUGGAGAUAAAAAUAAAACUGUAGAAGAUGAAAGUCCUCGACAAGUUGUCAAUCUUUCGGAACAGGGAGCAGAAACUGUUGAGACGGUUCGAGAGGUGGAUUCGGAUACAUCGGAGGAGAGAGACAAUGUAGUGCAGGUUGAACAUGUUGAGUAUGUUGAAGAUGCUGAGUCUCCGAAGGCUUCGGAGCCGGAACAGACUUCACGACGACGAUCUGAAAUACAGCAAGAAGACAACGAGACAGAACCUGAUACGCAACGACGAUUUAGAAAUGAACUUCUGGAUAUCCUGUGGAAAUUUCUUGCUCUCAAGGAAGAAAUCUGGUUUAAGCGUAAUGCUAUUAUACACGGCGCUCCUACUUCCAAGCACAACUUCGAAGCGCAACUUAGCGCCAAUGAAGUGGAUGAUAUUCGUCAAUAUGUACAGAAUAGUUGCGAAAUGGUAGAUGUGAGCAAUGAGCCACGCGAUGCUGUUACUUUUCCUAACUUUGUUACACGCGCGAAUAAUCACUUGUUGAGGGCACGUCGCGUGCGUGAAAUAUUUGAUAAUUGGUAUACGAGAGAAGGGCAACAGCAGAGACAAGAUGGUUCUUCCUCGAAUGCGCGUGAAGGAUCUUCGGAGACUGGUAAACCUAGUUCAGUUAAGGCAAUAGGUGCGGGAGUCUUGGAUAGUUGGCCUUUCGCCGCAGCUCCGAGUGAAAACUUUAGACGCGAUAGAAAUACUACUAGUGAGACGGAUGCAGAUAUCGCGAGAACUUCUUCUGAUACGCAGUUAUUUCGUAGAAGGUCAUCACUAAUUUUAGCUCCGCUUCCGGAUCUGUUCCCAGCGCCUCAUCCGGGCCAAACAUUUCGAGGUGAAACACGUGGGGAAUCUUCGAGAGGUCGUGCUGGUGGAAAAGGAGGCAGUAGUAUCGCUGAGAAGAUAGAUAUCUUGAGGGCGAAGAAUAACAUUCCUAAGACUAACAUUUCUUCGAAAGUUUCUAAAAUCAAACCCAUUGUUAUGACCACUAAUAGUAACGAGGCUUCACAAGGCGGUAUGCCAAACUGUCACGAGCAAAAUGAGGACCACGUAUACCAAGAGCCCAUCCCCGAAGCAACCAUGCAGAGACUCCGAGACUUGGGAGCCUCGCGCGUGGAAGCUGUUAAUCUGCUCAAUGCUACUGCGGGUAAUGCGGAUCGUGCGGCUGAAGUGCUGCGAGCUGAGAAUCCGCUCGCACAGGAAGAUAUGAGGAAUUUGCUUGUGGAUCCGCAGAAUGAUUUGCAGCAGGUGAUCAUGGUGACGGGGGUUCCGCCGCGAAGAGCUUUUUUGGCACUGCUGGUUAGUGAGAGUGAUGUUGGGGGCGCGAUUGAUCUUUUGAUGGGUGAGGCGAUGGGGGCGACGACGAAUGAGGAGAUGCCGGUUGAUGAGGGUAUUGGCGAGGAGGAUAGUGCGAAUGGGUCGAGUGAGAAUGAGGCGAAGGGAGGUGGCGAGGGAAAGGAGGGGGAGGAGAGUAGUAGUGAGGGGUCGGAUGGGGAGGUCGCGGUGACGGGUGGUGGAUUCGAAUCGCUCGUUGGUGAGACGGGAGAUAAUGAGGGGGGAGAUGAGGUUAGGGAGGUUAGUAGUGAAGGAGCGGAUGUUGAUGCUGAUGCUGUUGAAUCGGAUGAGGAAUGCCAGCCCCUUGUUGAUAAGACGGGGAAGACUGUUGAGCAUGAUGUACACGUUGAAGACGACAUAGCUAAUGAUGCAGAAGACAAUGAAGAUAAUAGUGCAGGCCAGACUCCCACUAUCGAGGUGGCGAUGGUAUUUACUUCUCGAAAAGGAAAAGAAAGAGCAGAGGGUUAUGAUCUCUGA